AUGGAUGAAGAGAUACCAAUCAUUCUGGGCAGGCUGUUUUUAGCCAUUGGGAGGUUAUUGAUUGAUAGUGAGACUGGAGAACUGAAAAUGAGGUUGAACAAUGAAGAGAUAAUAUUCAAUGUUCAACAAUCUAUGAGGAUACCCAGCAAAUUUGCAAAUUUCUCACUAGUGGAGGCCGUAGAUGUAAUACUACAUGAGGAGGAUGAGACUAUUAAUGUCAGGGAUACGUUGGAAGCCUGCAUGAUGAAUCUGGAAAAUGUGGAUGGUGAGGUGUUGGUAGAGUGGGUCAUGGCUCUUGAAGGUCAAGAGUUCUGGAAAAGGGAACCUGAGUUCGAGCCCCUACACUUAGAAGAAAGAAAAACACCACUUGCGAAACCAUCGAUAGAGGAGCCACCGCAGUUGGACCUAAAACCACUUCCAGCACAUCUCAGGUCGUACUUGACUGGUUCAAAAGUUAUUGUUUAUACUUACCAUGCAGUAAUUAGAGCGUGCCCACGGUUGUUGGAAAAGUAUGGACUUCGCCAUAUGGUGACCACCCCUUAUCACCCACAGUCAAGCGGACAAGGUGAAGUGUCAAACCAGGAAAUCAAAAGUGUCCUUACCAAGACAGUAAAUGCAGCAAGGAAUGAUUGGACGAACAAGCUGGAUGAUGCAUUAUGGGCGUACCGCACAAUAUUUAAAACUUCAAUUGGUAUGUCACCAUAUAAGUUGGUGUUUGAAAAAGCAUGCCACCUCCCGGUAGAGCUCGAGCAUAAAGCCCUUUGGGCAUUACGGCAGUUGAAUUUUGAUAUGGAGACCGCAGGAACCAGUAGAGUCACCGGGUUACAUGAACUCGAGGAAUUCAGGUUCCAUGCAAUUGAGAAUGCAAGAUUGUACAAAGAAAUUGUAGUUUAUUUUUGA